AUGCCCCCUGAUAGAGCAGAGCAGAGGGUCAAAGGCACGGCCCGGGGGCCGGAGGCGGCCGCCCAGACAUUUGAUACGGCCCUCGGAUCAUUUAUUUAUUUACACCUCCUCUCACUUCCUCUCUUCUCUCUCCUCCUCUCUUCUCUCACCUCCUCUCGCCUCCUCUCUCCUCUCACCUCCUCUCUCCUCCUCUCUCCUCCUCUCCUAUCUCACCUCCUCUCUCCUCCUGUCUUCUCUCACCUCCUCUCUCCUCUCACCUCCUCUCUCCUCUCACCUCCUCUCUUCUCUCACCUCCUCUCUCCUCCUCUCUCCUCCUCUCUUCUCUCACCUCCUCUCACCUCCUCUCACCUCCUCUCUUCUCUCACCUCCUCUCACCUCCUCUCUCCUCCUCUCUUCUCCUCUCUCCUCUCACCUCCUCUAACCUCCUCUCUCCUCUCACCUCCUCUCACCUCCUCUCUCCUCUCACCUCCUCUCACCUCCUCUCUUCUCUCACCUCCUCUCUCCUCUCACCUCCUCUCACCUCCUCUCUCCUCUCACCUCCUCUCUCCUCCUCUCUCCUCCUCUCCUAUCUCACCUCCUCUCUCCUCCUGUCUUCUCUCACCUCCUCUCUCCUCUCACCUCCUCUCUCCUCCUCUCUCCUCUCACCUCCUCUCUUCUCUCACCUCCUCUCACCUCCUCUCUCCUCCUCUCUCCUCUCACCUCCUCUCACCUCCUCUCACCUCCUCUCUCCUCCUCUCUCCUCUCACCUCCUCUAACCUGCUCUCUCCUCUCACCUCCUCUCACCUCCUCUCUCUCCUCUCUUCUCUCUCUCCCUCACCUCUCUCCUCUCUCUCCUCUCACCUUCUCCUCUCCUCUCACCUCCUCUCACCUCCUCUCUCUCUCUCACCUCCUCUCACCUCCUCUCUCCUCUCACCUCCUCUCUCCUCCUCUCUCCUCUCACCUCCUCUCUCCUCCUUUCUUCAUCUCACCUCCUCUCUCCUCCUUCUUCUCUCUCUCCUCCUCCUCCCUCUCUCACCUCCUCUCACCUCCUCUCUCCUCCUCUCUCUCUCACCUCCUCUCACCUCCUCUCUCCUCCUCUCACCUCCUCUCUCUCCUCCUCUCACCUCCUCUCUCCUCCUCACCUCCUCGUUCCUCUCACCUCCUCUCACCUCCUCUCUCCUCCUCACCUCCUCUCUCCUCCUCUCACCUCCUCUCUCCUCCUCUCUCUUCCUCUCUCCUCUCACCUCCUCUCUCCUCCUCUCUUCUCUCACUCUCCUCCACCACUUCUCUCUCCUCCUCUCUCCUCCUCUCUUCUCUCACCUUCUCUCUCCUCUCUCCUCCUCUCUUCUCUCACCUCCUCUCACCUCCUCUCACCUCCUCUCUUCUCUCACCUCCUCUCUCCUCCUCUCUUCUCCUCUCUCCUCCUCUCUCCUCUCACCUCCUCUCUCCUCCUCUCUUCUCUCACCUUCUCUCUACUCUCACCUCCUCUCUCCUCUCAACUCCUCUCUCCUCCUCUCUUCUCUCACCUCCUCUCUCCUCCUCUCUUCUCUCACCUCCUCUCUCCUCCUCUCUCCUCUCACCUCCUCUCUCCUCCUCUCUUCUCUCACCUCCUCUCACCUCCUCUCUCCUCUCACCUCCUCUCACCUCCUCUCUUCUCUCACCUCCUCUCACCUCCUCUCACCUCAUCUCUCCUCGUCUCUCCUCUCACCUCCUCUCUCCUCCUCUCACCUCCUCUCUCCUCCUCCUCUCUCCUCCUCUCUCCUCCUCUCUCCUCCUCUCACGUCCUCUCUCCUCCUCACUCCUCUCACCUCCUCUCUCCUCCUCUCUCCUCUCACCUCCUCUCUCCUCACCUCCUCUCACCUCUCUCCUCCUCUCUCCUCUCACCUCCUCUCACCUCCUCUCUCCUCACCUCCUCUCACCUCCUCUCACCUCCUCUCUCCUCUCACCUCCUCUCUCCUCCUCUCACCUCCUCUCUCCUCCUCUCUUCUCUCACCUCCUCUCUUCUCUCACCUCCUCUCUCCUCCUCUCUCUCACCUCCUCUCUCCUCCUCUCUUCUCUCACCUCCUCUCUCCUCUCACCUCCUCUCUCCUCUCUCUCACCUCCUCUCACCUCCUCUCUCCUCUCACCUCCUCUCUCCUCUCACCUCCUCCCUCCUCUCACCUCCUCACCUCCUCUCCUCCUCUCUUCUCUCACCUCCUCUCUCCUCCUCUUUUCUCUCACCUACACUCACCUCCUCUCUCCUCUCACCUCCUUUUUUUUAUCAGAGGAGGAGUUGGUGCCUUUGUUGGACACUACAACAGCUGGUACUGUUGA